AUGGACGUGUCUGGUUUUGGGAAAAAACGUAAAACAUCGUACUCGAGGAAAGGGUGUUUGCAGUGCAAGAAGUCGCAUCUCAAGUGCGAUGAGGGCCAGCCAAAGUGUGGGAAGUGCAUCAAACGGAACAUCCAAUGCACGUACCAGCUGAGUCUUGUGUUUCAGGACGUUUCGGAGUUGAAGAUGAAGACGUUACCUGUGGUUCAUUCGGUUAUGAACAACAAUGUCGAGGGCGAGAUACGGCUGCAGGAGCUGCGACAGCAGCAGCAGCAGCAGCAGCAGCAGCAGACGUCGUCUUCGUCGUCGUCCUCGUCUUUUAGCGAUGGACAGGGCUUAGGCAGGGUUGGCAAACGGACGCAUUCGUCGCCGUAUACCAGGCUCGUGGAUAUGAGCGAUUUCAAGUUGCAGAACUUCGUGUAUGUGUCGCCGUCCGAUGCAUCGCUGUUGAAACUGCCGUCAGAUGACGGCAAGGCAGGUGCUGAUGCGGAAACUGACCCAGAAACUGACCCAGAUACUGAUGCAGAUGCAAAUGCAAAUGCAAAUGCAAAUGCAAAUGCAAAUGCAAACGUCUUGGCUCGGGGCUCUGUCCCACUGUUGAAGGAAUACAACAUUAACUGGCGCAAUUUCGCAUGGGUGGACAUGUUGCAAUUGCUGGAAAAAGAGGAUCCGUGCCAAGAAGUUUACCAGGGACCACAGCCGGCUCUGCCGGCUCUGCUAGCAGCCGAUGACGACUCGCUCGUGAACAGCCCGAAGUUGAACAGCUUCAUCUGGAGAUUCGCAACCACAACGCUCAUUGCAGGCAACUUCUUGCUCUUCCCCAGUGAUAGAUUCGACGUUCUCAUGAGCAUCCUGUGGAAGUUGAACCAGAAACACACUAUUAUCCAGGACGCAAUCCGGUACGACAUUUCAGUGUUCAUGCAAGACGUGUAUGGGAAGGCGCAUCUCAGCCAGUUUGCCCAAGUGUGGGACCAGCGUGUGCGGGCUGUGAGCUUCAAACACGUCUUGGGUAUCAUCAACGAACGUAUCAAAUAUUCACAGGAUUUCGUAGAGUACGUUUGCCUAACGUUCACCGUUUUCCUUAUGUUCUUCGCCAAUAGCGCACUAAGAAGCAAUUUAUGGAGAACACACCUCAGAGGCUGCCAGCAUCUCUUGAUCAGAGCGUCGAUUUUGAUGCCCAAGGGCCCAUUGACCGAGUUGGAGCAAAACGCCAGGGAAGUUUAUACCAUUUUAAGAGACUGGUUUUGUUACGCUGUCACUACUGCAUCAUUGGCGUCCAAUUAUGGAAUCACCUUAAUUGAUAUCUCAGAGUUCACAAGAUCUACGUUUCUCUCAAAAUCUUCGCCAUUGGCUAUCGCAGGAAACGGAUUCAGUAUCCUACGAGGCAUGUCCAACAAUCUUAACAUGGUGUACUUCAAAGUCUUGACAAAGACUUUUGACAUGCGAGAUAACGGUAUAGAUAUCACUGGCUUGAAUAUCAUCGUCUUUAAAUUGAAUAGAACUACCUCAUCCUUGCUGCCCCAGCUUUCGGCAUUUGGAAGAGAAACCCUUAAUGAACUACAACACUCUGCAGUGCUUGACGAAAACCUCGAAAUAAGCCUGUCAGAUGUUAACGAUUUACGACUACGUUUCUCUAUGAUCUCCUCCCAUAAUAUGUUCUUCCUGCUGUUGGAACUCUAUCUCAAAGUUUAUUUCAUCGAUAAGGACCCAACAACUCCGGAAAUAAAAUCAAUUCUUUACAAAAUGGUGAAAACUGCAUAUAGCAAUCCUUACUAUUCCUCCUGCGGUGUUUGCUGCCAUCCAUCCUUGUUUAUAGGCGGCCUUACUUGUAUUCUAGCUCGUGACGAUUUUCUUUACUUCCACUUUAUAGACCUGUUGAGCAAAAUCGCCGACACCGGUAUGGCUGUAGCGCAAAAUAGCAUUGACAAAUUAAAUGCUAUUAGAUCCAAGAUAGCUUUGGGAAACUUUCAAAACAUCAUCGACCCUGAUCAUGACUUCAUUCCAAUUUAG